CUAUCACAAUCCUCUACAUAUAUGGAGCCCGCAUCUCUCCAUACGUAGCAGUCUCUAGAUUUUCCACGCCGUGAUCCAUCUACCAUCCAACUACAAUCUUCCAUUGGAAGGCCAGAAUGCCCUCCCUCCUCCACCUCCCCAACGAGAUCCACCUGCACAUCCUCUCCCACCUCCACCAUGACUGCCGCGCCCUCGCUCUAACCUGCCGCACCUUCCACCGCCUCUGCGACCUCCCCACCCGCAAGAAGUUCCGGCGCGUCCGCGUGCAGCCGGGCAAGAACCUCGACCGCGCGUUCGAUCUCCUACUGGCGAUCCUCCGGCGGCCGAGUCUGGGCCGGUACGUGCGCCACAUUGAGUACCAGGGGGCGGUGGAGGCGCACGUGCCGUACGAGGAGCAGCUAGGGGAGCGGGAGGCGGAGCUGCAGCAGGAAACCGGGAUGAUGGGGCUGCUGUGGGCGGCGGUGCGGCGGGCAAUUGGGGUGGACGAGAGCAAUGCAGACGAACACAGAACGAAACUGGCGGCGCAGGUCAUGAACAUGCUGAUGCAGUCGUCCGAGCAGCGGGCGAACGGGAAGUGGAAUUAUACGUAUCGAGGUAUGCACGGGAUCUUUGCGGUUCAGGCGGUGGCGGCGCUGCUCGUCUCGGUGGCCCCGGACCUGGAGUCCAUGGCGCUCGUGCAGCCCUUCUUCAAUUACACGGGGUUCUAUCACACGGAAGGGCGGUUCGCGAACCAGAACCGCGUGGCGUUUCCGCUGGACUACAUCCUGCGCCGGGCGAACGGCGAGAGGGAUGCGACGCCAUUCCUGCGCCGGCUGCGCCACGUCUACUUCAUCAAUGCGGGCCGCGGGUGGAUGGACGACGAGCGCUUCUACACGAGCAUGGACUUCCUCGGGAUGUUCGCCCUCGUCGACCGGCUUCCGGCCAUCGAGACCGUCGGCACUGAUGCCCUGUGCACGGACGAGAAUGGCAAGCCCGGGCUCGAGCCGAAUUCGUCCAACAUCAGCCGGAUCCGCAUCAACCAUUCGGCCGUCGACACGAUGUAUCUCGCGUCGGUGAUCUGUGCGUGCAAAAGUCUCAGGGAGCUUCAGUUUUCCCUGGGAGGAAGGGCCUCCUCGGACGGAAGCAGCUCGAUGCAGAACCCCAAGACUUUCCUCCAGACGCUUCUCUUGCACAGGGAGACAUUAGAGGUUCUUGAUGUGGAUUUCGAGGCCAACAUAAGUGAGUUCUGGAAUGAUGACGAUGAGGACACGGAGCCGGAUUUUGAUACAUACGGCGGACGGUCAGAGGCGCAUCAUAGCUGGACGGGUGCGCCGCCGGACGAGCUGUGGGACCAGAAGGGCUCGUUGCGGAAUUUCACUUCCCUGACCCAUGUGAGCCUGGGACUCAAGACUCUGCUAUACAUGGCUAGAGGGGUUGACUCAGCCAGAUCGUCAGACUUCAAGCUGGCCGAUCACCUGCCGCCUAAUCUGGAGUAUCUGCUUAUCCGGGGCUACGAAAGAGGUCUUCGCAAGGAUCACGACGAGCAUAUCGAUGGCUUACUGUCCUUGAAAGAGAGCGAAGGUUCCAAGCUGCGAGAGAUCAGGGGCAUUGACGAGUUGAUCCCGCACGCCGAGGACGUUGAUGAACCCGACGAUGAGUCGGCUGCGUUGUGGGAGUGGGAGGAAGAGGAAUGGUCAGAGGACGAGUGAGGGAAUUCGCGUGUAGAGGUGUAUGUAGCCCUCUCUCUCCUGAUAAACAGUGGCUGCAGAUAUCGGGCCGAUGGCAGCUCCACCCCAUACUCUUCUGUUUCU